AUGGUGUUCAAUGUGGUUGCCUAUGAGUCACUUGGUAGUGAGAAAGAGUAUGAACUGCAGAGCGACAAACACCAGCAUGAUUACAAAGGAAAAAGAACCUUAAAAGGAACUGCAUCCUCAAGCUCAAGGACAUUGUUCAGUACCAUGAUGAGUAAAACCCAUGGGGAUCCUCUUCGUGCUUAUAUGACUUUUCCUGCGAACUUUGCAAGAUCAAAUGGCAUUGUGGACACAUCCAGAAUCUUUCUCAAAGACCCGUCUGGAAGAUCAUGGCCGCUGAUCAUAAGCAAGUGGGAAAGCAAAACCAGGGGUAGUUAUCGUAUAGCUACUAGAAAAGGAUGGUACAAGUUUUAUGAAGCCAACAAGCUCAAACAUGGGGAUGUCUGCAUAUUCAAUCUCAAACCGGUAUCAUCUAAGUCAGGUUCAAAAUCAACUCGUGUCUUGGAAGUCCAGAUAACCCGAGGUGGAUCCUAG